AUGGUAAACCUUUACCUUGGAGCUUUUGAAUCAACCCAUCGGAUUCUUCAUAUUCCUUCUUUCUGGGCCGAUUACCACAAAUUUUGGAACAAUACCGCAAAUGCCUCAACCGAGCUACGUCUCAAGGUUCUUCUCGUGAUUGGGAUAGGAUCAAGUAUCUAUAAAGACGACAUAGACAUUGGCUUUCGUCACACCGUCCAUCGCUGGAUAUACGCUGCUCAGGCAUGGCUUUCGGGACCAGUGGAAAAGGACAGACUUAGUAUUUCUGCGCUACAGAUUGAUUGUCUCACCAUUCUGGCUCGGCAAAUUUACUCGAUUGGCGCUGACCUGGUUUGGGCUUCAAUGGGUACACUGGUUUACAAAGCCAUGCAAAUCAAUCUGCACCGCGACCCCAAGCACCUUUCGGGGAGAUCUGUGCUACAGGCCGAAGUCCGCAGAAGGCUUUGGGCUACUAUCAUUGAACUGAUGGUACAGGCGGCUUUAGACUCGGCGAUGCCACCCAGUAUUCCAGAGUCUGACACUGAGCCUCCUUCCAACAUCAAUGAUGAUGAGAUUGGGGAGUCAACAAGUGUCCUUCGGUAUCAUCCCAAGGGUACAUACACUGCUACUUCCCUGCAGCUUCUUCUCCUUGAGUCAUUACCAGUUCGUUUACGGAUUCUGCAUAUACUGACCAGUCUGAGCUCGGAGAUAUCAUACCUGGAUGUGAUUGCACUAAGCUCCGAGCUCACAGACGCUUCGAUCUCUUACUACAACUUUCUAAAGAAGAAUGCAAGACCGAGUAUCACGCCACUCCACCGAAACCUUCUCGACUAUCUCGUUCGCCGUUUCAUGAUUCCUUUGCAUUGCCCGUUCAUUAACAAGGCUCGCACAAACCCAUUAUUGACCUCCUCGCUGAAAGCCAGCCUAGACACAGCCAUGGCCAUUAUGUCACCUGAGCCCGAUGAAGAGUUCUCCAGACUAAUGGCUACUGGCGGAGGCCUCUUCAGAGAAGGGAUAUGGUGUGCCAUGACCGUCAUCAGCAUCGAGCUGUUGGCGCAAGUUGAGGCCCAAUGUCUUGAUGGAACACUGCACCGCAAUCACAGGUAUAUCGAGCUGCUCAAAAGGAUUGUUCAUAAUCUACUUGCUUUUUCUGCUGAAAGAAUCCGUCAAGGCGAGACAAACAUCAAGAGUCACAUGUUUAUGAGCAUGAUCAUCGCCCAGGUCGAGGCGAAGGAGACGGGCGCCGAUUGCGAACUGAGCAUUGCCCAAAGUGCCAAGAAUAGUCUCGAGUUCUGUCAUGGUCUGUUACUGGUGCUGACUGACACUGCUUCUUUGGCGCAUUCGAACGACGGAUUCGGGUCAGGGGAAAGUUUCGAUGGCGAAUCUGGAGAACUUGGGACUGGGUUUGACUUGGACUUGGACUGGGAUUUCCUUCUGCCAGACGCAGGGCUCUGA